GGGUAUGAAACAACAGAGCUUUAUGUAGUGCACUAUAUAUCCAAAAGAGCUGUAUUUGGGAUCUGAUUUGCGUUUCCUAGUUAGCCAGAAUAACACUGAUCGUUCAUAUAAAGAUUAAUGAGACAUUAUCAUGGCUUUAAUUGUCAAAGAAACACAGAGCAUUAAAGAGGCAGUAACCCUCAUCAACUCUAUAGAGGUCAAUAAACUGUCCAGACUUCUCUCUCGCAUUCUCCAGAAACUUCACCUUAAGGGCGAGCGUUCCUUCAGUGAAGAUGAAGAGCAGAAAUUACAGACUGCCUUGGCUUUAGAGAAACAAGCCCUUCACCUGGUGCUUGAGACGUCCUCCUUCUUAUUAGAACAGGCUGUGUAUCACAAUAUUAAACCAGCAUCUCUGAAGCAGCAGCUUGAAAACAUCCACAUUGCCCCAGACAAAGCCGAGGCAUUUAGUCAGGCUUGGGCUACCGCUGGUCCAGAUGUGGUAGAGAAGAUUAGACAGACGAUAUUUGCUCCCAAGAAGCUGGAGCAUAUAGGCUGGCAGCUCAACCUUCAGAUGGGCCAGUCAUCACAGGCUAAGCAAAAAGAGCCACACGCCGUGCUGGACCUGGGCGUCAGAGAGGAAGAUGAGUCGGAGCAUCUACAGAAGGUUCAUGUGGAAUUCAGCCACCAGGAACUGUUGGAGUUCUACAACAAGCUAGAGACGAUUCAAGCCCAGCUGGAUUCGCUGACUUGAUGCUCAUGGCACAGUUAAUAAGGGUAUCGGCCACAUUUCCCGAGUCCAGGGUCCUGCACCGUCUAAAACUCUCUGUCUGAUUUGUCAUUUGUUUUUUGUGUGUGUGUGUGUGUGUGUGUGUGUGUCAGAUAUCAUGACUGAGAAAUGAUUCAAAACACAAAUGUCACUCCUAUUGUACCCUGUACAAUGUUAUUGCUAUCAAUACUGUCGCUACUGGUUGAAUUUUGUGUUGUAUAAUCGAAUGAUGACAAUGAAAUCAGAGGAAACAGAAACUAGGAAGACAGCAGUUGUUUAUCUUAAGCUUCCUCUCAAUCCAUCUAGCCAGAGGUUUUAACAUUUUAAAGUGUGAGGGUGAAGUCACACUCUUGAUCAGUUACUAAGUGUACUCAAGGGUCUGUGUGUCAGAUGGCUUUACAGAUUUAACUUUCAUAAAUCUGUCCUAAAAUGUGGCAGUGCAUUCAAUUUGUGCUAAUUGAGAUUUCUGAAACAAAUGUGCACUGAGAUGCUUUGUGCCAGUCUCUAAGGCGUGUGAUGUUUCAAUAAGAAACAGAUGACUAGUCCUCUAAAAAAAGAAAAACAAGCUGUACCUUAUAUUUUCAUACGUUUCUGUGCCACAACGGUGACCUAAACUUUCAUUAAAUUUCAUAAUGGAAUUGCUAA